AUGAAACUCACAAGAUCCGGGAAAAUUGCCCUGACUAUCUUGGUGGUCAUAAUUGCUGCAGCAGCCAUUGGAGUUAUCAUUUACUUUGUGGUCUAUGGUAAAACACCUUUCUAUUACCACAUCAGCUUUAAACUUAAUAAUGUUGAAUAUGACAGUGAAUUUGGCAAGCCAUAUUCUCAAGAAUAUAUAGAUCUCAAUGAAAGGAUAGUGUCUUUGAUGAAUAAAACAUUUCAAGCAUCCAAACUGAGAAGGCAAUAUAUCCAAUCCCAUGUUGUCAAAGUCAGACAGGACAAUGGUAAAACAAUAGUGGAUGUGGUGCUGAAAUUUAAGUCCUGUUACAGCAAUAACGCAGCAGUGUUUCGGGACAGGGCCAGAAAUAUUUUACUUCAGAAGCUGACAGGGGACACUGGGUCCUUCUGCAUUGAUUCUUCGUCUUUUAAACUAUCAGAUAUCGAUAUGGAUCCAGCAGAAAAUCUUCUCAAUAUGUGUUGUGGAAGACGAACAAAAAGGUCUCCUGGUAACAAAAUAGCUGGAGGCUUGGAUAGUGUAGAAGGAGAAUGGCCCUGGCAAGUCAGCCUGCAACAGAAUAACAUUCACAGAUGUGGGGCUACUCUAAUUAAUAACAACUGGCUUGUCACUGCUGCACACUGCUUUGUAAAUGCCAAAAAUCCACAAGAAUGGAGUGCAACCUUUGGAUUACUUUUAAGUGAUCCAAAACUGAAGCGAAGUGUGAAAAAUAUUAUUAUUCAUGAAAAGUAUCGAUAUCCAGCUCAUGACCACGAUAUUGCUCUUGUAAAUCUGUCCAAACCAGUACUAUAUACAAGCACUAUUCGAAAGGUUUGUCUUCCAGAAGCAAGUUAUAACUUCCCCCCAAAUUCUGAUGUGAUAGUCACGGGAUGGGGAUCAAUAAAAACUGAUGGUUCAGAUAUAUUAACUCCCAUUCAGGCUAUAGAGUUACACCAGUAUUCUGCUCAUACAUGGAAGGAAGGGAAGCACAUAUUCUGUAAGAAAGGAAAUAUUGAGAGAGGUGACUCAGGUGGACCACUGGUUAGUUCAGAUUCUAGAGGCAUUUGGUUUCUUGUUGGAAUCGUGAGCUGGGGAGAUGAAUGUGCUCUUCCAAAUAAGCCUGGAGUCUAUACUAGAGUCACUUCCUACCGAAACUGGAUUAAGUCAAAAACUGGCAUCUAG